AUGGAUCAACGAGACCAUUGUUGUUCAACACACCUAAUAGAUGGUGAUGGUACUUUCAAUGUUGCUGGAAUUGAUAAUUUCAUGAAGGAAGUAAAACUUGGUGAAUGUGGACUUUCUUAUGCUGUUGUGGCCAUCAUGGGCCCUCAGAGUAGUGGGAAAAGUACGCUGUUGAAUCACCUCUUUGGUACAAAUUUCAGGGAAAUGGAUGCUUUUAAGGGGAGGUCUCAAACCACAAAAGGCAUAUGGAUAGCCCACUGCGUAGGGAUUGAACCCUGCACUAUUGUAAUGGAUUUAGAAGGCACUGAUGGAAGAGAAAGAGGAGAGGAUGAUACUGCAUUUGAGAAGCAGAGUGCUCUUUUUGCACUUGCAGUCUCUGAUGUAGUGCUCAUAAACAUGUGGUGUCAUGAUAUUGGGCGUGAGCAGGCAGCAAAUAAACCCCUAUUGAAAACCGUAUUUCAGGUUAUGAUGAGACUAUUUAGUCCUCGUAAGACAACUUUGAUGUUUGUUAUCCGUGAUAAAACAAGGACACCGUUGGAAAACUUGGAACCAGUUUUAAGAGAAGACAUUCAGAAGAUCUGGGAUUCCGUUCCUAAGCCUCAAGCUCACAAGGAAACUCCACUAAGUGAAUUUUUCAAUGUUGAAGUUGUGGCUCUCCCUAGUUAUGAAGAGAAGGAAGAACAAUUUAAAGAACAGGUGGCAAAUCUAAGACAGAGAUUUUUUCAUUCCAUUGCCCCUGGUGGGCUUGCUGGGGACAGGCGUGGGGUAGUCCCUGCUUCAGGGUUUUCAUUUAGUGCUCAACAGAUAUGGAAGGUCAUUAAGGAGAACAAGGAUCUUGACCUUCCUGCACAUAAGGUCAUGGUUGCUACUGUUCGUUGUGAAGAAAUUGCAAAUGAGAAAUUUUCUUCAUUUAUUGCGAAUGAGGAAUGGCGUCAACUCGAAGAGAUGGUACAAUCUCAACCAGUGCGUGGAUUUGGGCAGAAACUCACCUCCAUUCUUGAUGUUUGCCUAUCAGAGUAUGAUGCAGAGGCGACAUACUUUGAUGAAAGUGUUAGAUCUUCUAAGCGGCAACAGUUGGAGGAAAAACUUUUGCAACUUGUCCAACCAGCAUACCAAUUCAUGUUGGGACACAUACGCUCUGGAACCUUGGAAAGCUUUAAAAAAGAAUUUGAAAAAGCCUUGAGUGGGGGUACAGGAUUCGCUAUUGCUGCACGUGACUGCACCAAGCUUUAUAUGACAAUUUUUGAUGAAACAUCUGCAGACGUGGACAUUGGUCAAGCAAAUUGGGACUCUUCUAAAGUGAGAGAUAAGCUUAGGCGUGAUAUAGAUGCACAUAUUUCUGCUGUUCGUACAGCGAAGCUGUCUGAACUUACAACAACCUAUGAGACAAAACUUAAUGAUGCGUUGUCUGGACCUGUGGAGGCUCUGUUAGAUGGGGCUAGUGAUGAUACAUGGCCGGCCAUAAGAAAGCUUCUCCACCGUGAGACUGAAAAAGCGGUUAGAGGAUUUUCUAGCGCACUUUCUGGUUUUGAAAUUGAUGAUGUAACAAAGGAGAAAAUGCUCUCGAGAUUGGAGGAUCAUGCGAGAGGAAUAGUUGAAGCAAAGGCGAAAGAAGAAGCAGGAAGGGUUUUGAUCCGUAUGAAGGACAGGUUUUCGACCUUAUUUAGUCAUGAUUCCGACUCAAUGCCACGUGUCUGGACAGGGAAGGAAGAUAUUCGAGCAAUCACCAAAACUGCUCGUUCCGCUUCUUUGAAGCUACUCUCAGUUAUGGCUGCUAUCCGUUUGGAUGAUGAUGCUGAUUCUAUUGAGAAAACCUUGUCCCUUGCUCUCAUUGAUUCUAAUAAUGGAGCUGUUGUCAAUAGGAGCAUCUCAGGGGACCCUCUUGCCUCAAGCACUUGGGAAGAGGUUCCAUCAUCCAAAACAUUGUUAUCCCCAGUUCAAUGUAAAUCUUUGUGGAGGCAAUUUAAAACCGAGACGGAAUAUACUGUUACCCAAGCAAUUGCUGCACAGGAGGCUAGCAGGCGAAAUAACAACUGGCUACCACCUCCAUGGGCAAUUGCUGCAUUAGUUAUAUUGGGUUUUAAUGAGUUUAUGACCCUUUUGAGAAAUCCACUAUAUUUGGGCGUUAUCUUCGUUGGUUUCUUGCUUCUGAAAGCCCUUUGGGUGCAAUUAGACAUCUCUGGCGAAUUCCGAAAUGGAGCUCUUCCUGGAAUCCUCUCUUUAUCCACCAAAUUUCUGCCAACCAUCAUGAACCUUCUUAGAAAACUUGCCGAGGAGGGCCAAAGGCCUCCCAAUGCCAAUCCUCAACAACACAACCCACCUGGCCCACCAAAGAGCCUACAAAGCGGAACAAGUGAUUAUGGCGGUUUAUCGUCGAGUGCUUCUUCCGAAGUAACUUCAGGUGAAAACGGAACAGAAUAUUCCAGUCCUUCAAAAACACAAUAG